AUGAUAAAGGUGAGUUUUGAUUGUAUUUCUUCAGGCUCUCUUCAUAUCCAUUUCCAGGAUGAUCCCAUUUUUCAUAACAACUCCAACAAUCCUCAGAUGGAGGUCAAGCGCCAGUUUGCCAUCUUCCUGACCCGCCUUGGCCGUUAUGGCACUGGUGCAGUGGUAGAUGAAGUGGCAGAAUGGGCCAGUGUCUCAGUUGGCACUGUGUACAAUUGCACUCGGCGCUGCCAGGUUGCCAUCAUGGCUCACCAUGAUGCUGCUAUCAAGCUCAAUGAUGAGGAGCAGAUACAAGGUGCCAAGGCCUUAGCAGAGAGAAAGGCUCAUACCAGUGACUGGAUGCAUGGGUUCAUGGCUGUGGAUGGAACCCCAGUGAAGUUGUUUGCCAAGCCAGGCUGGUAUGGCAACUUGUUUUAUGGAAAGGACAAGGUGUAUGCCAUACAACUUACAGUGAUUACCUUUCCCUGUUGA